AGCAGUAUCUGUGCGAGAGGACAGUGAGACACUGACACCCAGUGGUUUGAUGGUAAAAAGAGUGUUUAUAGUAAAACUUGCUCAUUUUACAUUUCUUCUGUUGUUUUUGCCUGAUAUUUUGCAACUUGGCUACACCUGAUGGACCAAAGCAGCAAAUACAUGUACAAAAGGGAGGUAGGAGCAGAACUCGUGGGUAUUUGGGUGAAAGUGUGUGACUAGUUGGUGGUGUGAAGGUGUUACACAACAAAGGCAAAGAGGCAAACAGUGCCUGUGCCGGGAGGGCUGUUACCGGAUCCAGCAGCCAUCCAGAACUGAUGGAACAGAACGCUCCGUUAGGAAAACCUGCCUCAACCUCCACAGAACACGAGGGCUUGUCUUACCUGUACAGAAACAAUCACUGGGCUGGCUGACAAAGUCCCCUGGGACAGGAGAUCCCUCCUGUUCACUGCCCUGCUGGCACUCACAGCCAGCAGCUGCAACAGCCAGGGGACACUGGUAGCCACAGCCAGGGACAUUGGUACCCACAGCCAGGGGACACUGGUAGCCACAGCCAGGGACAUUGGUACCCACAGCCAGGGGACACUGGUACCCACAGCCAGGGGACAUUGGUACCCGCAGCCAGGGGACAUUGGUACCCGCAGCCAGGGGACAUUGGUACCACCAGCCAGGGGACAUUAGUACCCGCAGCCAGGGGACAGCCGUACCCACAGCUAUGGAACAUUGGUACUCACGGCCCGAGUCCAUCAAUGCUCACGGCCAGGGGACAUCGGUACUCACAUCCAGAGCACCCCGGUACUCGGAGCCCACGGGUACUCACAGCUAGCGGCCAGGGGAGCCACCGCAUCCGCGCGUCGAGCCUCAGCAGGUAGAGCAGCAGAAAGAAGACGAUGAUCACCGUGUCCAGGCCGGCAUACGCCGCGUAGAACAGCUGCUCGCCCGCGGUCAGGAAGCGUAUGAAGGCGGCCAGCGCCACCAUCUGCGGGACAGGAGGGGACGGGGUCAGCGCCGGCCCGGGCCAUGCCGCGGGCCCCGGGGCCGCCCCAGGCCGUACCGUGCGGGCGAUCUUCACCGCGCACCACGCCGAGCGGGGGAAGGCCCGGUCCAGCGGCAGCCGCGUCGGGCCGGCAGCGCUGCCGGGGCGGUGCCCGGCGGGACUGGCACCCCGGGACGGCCCCUCCAGCCGGCCGGCAGCGCUGCCGGGGCGGUGCCCGGCGGGACUGGCACCCCGGGACGGCCCCUCCAGCCGGCCGGCAGCGCUGCCGGGGCGGUGCCCGGCAGGACUGGCACCCCGGGACGGCCCCUCCAGCCGGGGAGAUCCCGGAGCCGAUCCCGCAGGUGAUCCCGGUGCCAUCGCCAGCGCUGAACCAGCCCCGCCUCAGAGCGCCUCAGGGGCGGAGGAAGUGAUGGGGCGGCGGCGGAAGGGCCGGAGCGGGGCGGAGCCGGGUCCGGUGCGGGUCCGGGCGGCAGCGGGAUGGGCAAUGUGGCGGCGGGGCGCGGCCUGGGCCUGGGGCCAGCGGGGCGCGGGCAGCGCCGUCCCCGGCCCCUCAGCGGGCGGGCCCCGCGCCGCUACCGGCCAUAAGCAUCUGAUUAAAAAAGAUGCUAGAAAGAGAAUUAUCUGUAUCGAGGGCAACAUUGCGAGUGGAAAAACAACAUGCCUGGAUUAUUUUGCACAAACUACCAGCACUGAGGUUUUGAAGGAACCUUUGACCAAGUGGAGGAAUGUUCGAGGUCACAAUAUACUGGGCUUAAUGUACCAGGAUGCAUCGAGGUGGGGAAUAACUCUGCAGACCUAUGUCCAGCUAACCAUGCUGGAGCAGCACACCAGGCCCAUGAUUUCCCCCAUAAGGAUGAUGGAGCGGUCGAUUCACAGUGCAAAACACGUUUUUGUGGAAAACUUGUAUCGAAGGGGAAAAAUGCCAGAGGUGGAUUAUGCUGUCCUGAGUGAAUGGUUUGACUGGAUCCAGAACAACAUCGAUGUUUCAGUGGAUUUGAUAGUUUAUUUGCAGCCAUCUCCUAAAGUUUGUUAUGAGAGGCUAUAGACACGAUGCAGGGAAGAGGAAAAAGUCAUUCCUCUGGAAUAUUUAGAGGCUAUUCACGAGCUCUAUGAAGAGUGGCUCAUUAAACGUGCACUGUUUGAAGUUUCCUGCCCAGUACUUGUCAUUGGAGCUGACCAUGACGUGCAGAAAAUGAUUGAGAAGUACGAAGAAAACCGGGACCAAAUACUGAACCCACCGAACAGACAACACCAUUUAUAAAGCCCGUGGCUGUUGUAUCAGAAAUCAUCUACUGAAGUCUGAGUUAGUAUUUUUAGUAUUUAAAUAUAAUGGCUAUUGUUUUUGCACUAUGCUUUGUAGAAUGCUAUGGACUUACAGCUUUGAAAUGAUCAGAUGCCAAUCAGGAACAGAACAUGAGCCAGUUCUCUUUGUGUUUUUAGGUUUUCCAUCAGUUUUACUGUGUCAGUUUUGUUCAGCUGAAAUACGGCUGUUUCCCUCAUUUCCCACUUUGCUGCUGCUUCCCAGAAGUAACUUUAAUGUCUUCUUUUUUUCCCUAAAGACAACUGUUUUUGUAAUUUGAAAUAAAGGGUUUAUUACAAUGGC